CAUAUGCGAAGACACACUACACGGAAAAGGCAGAAGAUAAAAUCAGAGAAAAGAAAGGGGUUUGAGUUUGUUUACAGAGAGAUAUGACGAAGGAAGUGAGUGAAGAGCCGCCGGUGCACCACCACGGCAAGGACUACGUCGACCCUCCGCCGGCUCCGCUUUUUGAUGUGGGUGAGCUCAAGCUCUGGUCUUUCUACAGAGCACUAAUUGCCGAGUUUAUUGCCACCCUUCUCUUCCUCUACGUCACUGUCGCUACGGUCAUCGGCCACAAGAAGCUCAACGCCGCCGACCAAUGCGACGGAGUUGGCAUCCUCGGCAUCGCCUGGGCUUUUGGCGGCAUGAUCUUCAUCCUUGUCUACUGCACUGCCGGAAUCUCAGGUGGUCACAUUAACCCAGCCGUGACCUUCGGGCUGUUCCUUGCCCGGAAGGUGUCGCUGAUCCGGGCUUUGGGGUACAUGAUAGCACAGUGUUUGGGUGCUAUCUGCGGCGUGGGUUUGGUGAAAGCCUUCAUGAAAAGCUACUAUAACGGGCUCGGCGGUGGAGCUAACUCAGUAGCACCAGGGUAUAACAAGGGAACUGCACUUGGUGCUGAGAUUAUUGGUACCUUUGUGCUUGUUUACACUGUUUUCUCCGCCACUGACCCCAAGAGGAGCGCGCGUGACUCUCACGUUCCGGUGUUGGCUCCACUUCCCAUCGGAUUUGCAGUUUUCAUGGUUCACUUGGCCACCAUCCCCAUCACCGGAACUGGCAUCAACCCUGCUAGGAGCUUCGGAGCUGCUGUCAUCUACAACAACGACAAAGUUUGGGAUGACCACUGGAUUUUCUGGGUCGGACCGUUUGUGGGAGCACUGGCGGCGGCGGCAUACCACCAGUACAUAUUGAGGGCGGCGGCAAUUAAGGCUCUGGGAUCCUUCAGGAGCAACCCCACCAACUGAUGAGUGUUGUGGAAGAAGAAGUGAAAGAUUGAAUUAAUCUGUUGUUAUAUUGUAUCUCUAAUUAUGUAAUUGUUGGCUUUUGUGUGCAAUGAGAGGAGAAUGUUUAUUGUCAUCAGCCCUCGUCUGUUCUUCUUCUUCCCUUUGUUCUACUUUUUUUCGUACAGUUUUUUUAAUAUUUUGUUGUUAGCUUUGGUUGUCGCCUCUGUAUUGUAGCAAUUAGCGCAGUGAUGGUGGUGCUGUGUUC